CUCGCGACGGACCAGUGCAUACAAUAAUAACCCCCCUGGAAGCCAUCCACCACCUGCUGUUACCUUGUCAGCAUGCAGAAUUUAUUUCUGCUGGACCAAGUAACCCCAUAGACCAUUCCAAAUUACCAAGGAGCACUUGUCCAAAAUGGUGCCUGCCACGGCUGCCGAGCACACCGUGUCCAAGGUGUUGCUCGAGUGGAUCAAUAGCUUCUCGCUGGGCAAGACAAUCCGGGCGAUUGACGAGCUAACUGAUGGGACUAUACUAUGGGAAAUCUUACAGGAUAUCGAUCAUCAGUAUUUUCUCGACGAGUUACCAGAGCGCAACCAAUCCGACCACUGGGUGCCUAAAUGGCAGAACCUGAAGCAUAUCCACAAGUUGGUGAUCAGCUAUAUCCGCAGCCAGAAUGACGAUGAAUUGCCCUCGGGGCUGGAUGCCUCGCCGGACCUGAAAAUGAUCGCAGAACACAACUCUAUUAAGGAGAUGAAUAAGCUUAUGAAACUGCUGUUGAUCGCCGCUAUCAGCUCCCCGAACGCCGAGACUUACGUGACAACGCUGCAAGCGCUGAGUACCUCGACGCAAGAAGGCUUGAAGGAUAUUAUACAGGAGGCGCAGAAUGGCAAUCCCGAUGACAUUGACCAUAAUGAUGAACCUAAGGAUGAUUCCAAACCUGCUCUUUCCGUUGACCCCGAGCUACAAUUUGAGGAACGCGUCGGCAAGGUUCUGGCGGAAAAUGAUCGAUUGACAAGCGAGAAGAAGGAAAUGGAGAAGGCGUUGGAGGAUCUACACAACCGUCUGGCACGCUUGCAGGAGAAUAAUGAUACGUUACAGAACCGCUUGGCCUCCACCGAGGACCGACUGGUAACUCUGAAAUCGGGGAAGGGAGAAAUGGGAUUCAAUGCAAAGGCUCUGGAGACGAAGAGUCGUCAGCAGGAGGAUCUCAUCGCAACCCAGGAGGCGAAGAUAGCUGCAGCUCAAGAUGAGAUUGACAGCUUGCGGAUGAACCUGGAGUCCUUAAGAGUCAAGAAUCAGCGGUACCAGACACUGCAAGAUGAUUACGAUGAAUUGAAGACCGAGAGAGAUCAGCUUGCACGUAAAGCCAAUGCAGCUGAAAAGUACCGUCAGAAACUGCAGGCAAGUCAGGACUUCGAAAAGGAGAACCAAGUCCUCAAGAACCAGGUUAAGGACCUGCAGCAGCAACUGAAGGAUGCGGAUUCCAACCAGAAAUGGUCUUCAGAGCGUGAUGUCGAGCUUGAAGAAUAUAGGCGAGUUCUGCCGCGGAUAGAGCAGGAUCGUCAUGAAAUCCAGAACUUGAAGAAGCAGCUCGAAUUCAAUAACCAUGCGCUUACGGAACGCCUCCAGACUGCCGAGGAGCAACGUGAAAGAGAUGAAGCCGUGAUCAGUGAGCUGAGGGAACGCAUUCGGGAACUUGAAGGCUCGCCCGGUAGCCCAUCACUUACCCCAGGCAGUAGUACUCCGAAAUUGCAGGGUACGCUGCAAAAGGAUUUCGAGGAUAUUGGAGUCAAGGAGGCACAACUGAAAGCGGAAAAUGACGAUCUGAAGAAAGAGAUCGACAGAUUGAAGACCACCGACUCGCCGACGGUGGUAGGCGUAGGCGAGGACCAAGCUGGCGAACAAACAGAAAUUGCGCUUCCCAGCGAUCCCUCCAAGAUCGGUUCACAUCUGGAGGCCUACUCCGAAAACCUGGUCUUGACAGCGCAGCUCGCGCAAGCCAAGUCCACUCAAAACGCCGAGUACUGGAAACUGUACGACCAAUACGCAGAGGUUCGACAGAAACUUGCAGAUCUAGAAGACGAGCUAGAAACAAACAAGCGCCUGCUUCAGGACGCGAAGAAUGAACUUGGUCUUGUCAACAAGGAAAAGCUUGACAUGCUUAACGGGGUCAAGGAGGCAAAUUCGGCGGAGGUAUCCAAGGUCCGAGCUGAGUGGGAUGCGCUCACGCACAAGGUCCACCACCUUGAGGCAGAGGUGGACGCUAGCCAGACACUCACUAGAGAAGUCUGUACUGAGCGGGACGAGCUACGCUCUGCCUUUGAUCAGAAGCGGGCUGAAAUCCGUGCAGAAGACCAGGAUCUCAUCAAUGAGAUGCAGGCUCUGCUCGCUCGGUUUGCUGCUCGUGCGGAAAAUCCUGAACAAUCCGAGAAGUCUGAUAAUGAGCUACUCGAGCAGUUCUCUAAGGUGACGAAGAAGGCUGUGGACAGGCUGGUGAACGGUGCAGAGCACCUUGAUCACCUGAACGAGCUUAUCAACUCCCUCCGGGAGCGGAUCAAGAGUCAUGAAGAAACCAACAUCGACUAUAUACUAAGUGAGCGAGAGGCCGAGCUACAAAAGGUAAUCGAUCAGCAAUCACGAGAGAUCGCCCUCAUAUCAUCUGCCUGGUUCGAUCUCCAAGGCCGUCUCCAGAACAGCAAUGUCACCGUUUCCCGAUACCGCCACCCUGCCUCUACCCGCGCUGGCGCUGGUGCCGAUGCGUCGAGAGGUUGGCUAUCGAAACAAAGAAGCAUGGUUGCUGGCAGGUAAAUAUGAAUGAUAAAGCACGCAUCGACACAGAUCGAUUCGUUAUGUAUUCUUUCAACAUACAGCAUGUCCGUAUGUUCUAUCAAAUUUGAGCCAUUGAAAGGUCUGGCAUCCAUGUCCUGUCCCCCUAUUGACGACUCCCCUUUUGGUUUCCUUAUCGCACAGAUACCACAACUACCUGUACCUUUUCUUUUCUUUCUAUUCGAAGGACAGGGAGGAGUUCUCUCGUUCUUUAUUCCCCCUUUAUAAGAUUUUCAUAGUGCUUCUAGAAAGAAAUACAGCUGUUGGUGGGAGAAAUUGUUUACAGCAUGUAUAUAUGCACAUACCGCUUGAUCAGGUUUUCUCUCUUAUAUUG